AUGCCGAUCCUCUCCGGGGGCAGCGACCUCGACUACAGCUACAACUCCUGCAGCUCCCUGACCCACCUUUUCCCCAUCUCGGCAGUCGAGGCGCCCCCAGCCAAAGGGGUCCACUACCAAAGGGCCCGCCGGAUUUGCCACCCAGAUCAGGCCCAGAAGGUUGAUCCGAAGAAGGAGGUCAUGAUCAACGUUGGGGGCGUCAAGUACCUCCUCCCUUGGAGCACCCUGGAUGAGUUCCCGGCGUCCCGGCUGAGCAAGCUCAAGUUCUGCAGCAGCUACGAGGAAAUCACCCAGUUGUGUGACGACUACGACGAAGACACCCAAGAAUUCUUCUUCGACAGGAACCCCGGCGCUUUUGGGAUGAUCCUCAGCUUCCUGGCGGCGGGGAAGUUGAUGCUCUUUCGAGACACCUGUGCCUUGUCUUUCCUGGAGGAGCUGAGGUACUGGGGGAUCGAGGAGUCCAACUUGGAGAACUGCUGCUUCCGAAAGCUCUUCCAGAAGCUCGAGGAGUUUGCGGAGGUGCGCAAAGAGGAGGAAAUGGAUCAGGCCACAGAUACCACCUGUGUCCUGGAGGAGGAGGAGGAGACCCGGUUCGGGCAAUUCAUGAACAAGCUCAGGGAUAUGGUCGAAAACCCGCGGUCGGGUCUUCCGGGGAAAGUCUUUGCCUGCCUCUCUGUCCUCUUUGUGGCCACCACGGCGAUAAGCCUUUGUGUCAGCACAAUGCCGGAUCUGCGGGCCGAAGAAGACAGGGGUGAAUGUUCCCAGAAGUGCUAUUACAUAUUCAUCAUCGAGACUGUCUGCGUGGCUUGGUUCUCGCUCGAGUUCUGCCUCCGGUUCAUCCAGGCGAAGAGCAAAUGCGAGUUUUUCAAGAGCCCCCUGAACAUUAUCGACUUCUUGGCCAUCUCCCCUUAUUACGCCUCCCUGGUCAUCCUGGACGACGAAUCCGCCGAGGCCGACAGCAGGCCGAGCGGAAACUCGUACAUAGAGAAGGUGGGUCUGGUGCUACGGGUGUUACGUGCCUUGAGGAUACUCUAUGUUAUGCGCCUUGCUAGGCACUCCCUGGGCCUACAGACGUUGGGCCUCACGAUUCGGCGAUGCACGCGGGAAUUCGGCCUGCUCUUGCUGUUCUUGUGCGUGGCCGUCACCCUCUUUUCCCCCCUGGUCUACCUGGCCGAGAACGAAUCCGGGAAAGUCUUGGAAUUUACAAGCAUCCCUGCCUCCUAUUGGUGGGCUAUCAUCUCCAUGACAACAGUGGGGUACGGGGACAUGGUACCGAGGAGCGUUCCAGGCCAGAUGGUGGCUCUCAGUAGCAUCCUAAGCGGGAUUCUAAUUAUGGCAUUUCCGGCCACCUCGAUAUUCCACACCUUCUCUCACUCUUACUCGGAGCUGCGGAGGGAGCACGAGAGGCUGCAGUCUCGGCUAACGCGGCUAAAAAAUGCCAAUACAUCCGUCGAAAGUGACACCCUCAACGAGAGUGAAAGCUUCAUUUUGGAAACAACCAUGUCCCCUGUCAA